AGUUUGGACAGAAACAGAUUCUGACUGUUGCUUUCUUUCUCUUUCUCUCAUCAUCCCCAUGGAAUUGAAAAUUCCACAAACAAACCCCUCUUCUUUGACCUUUCUUCACUUAGAAUUUUUUGUUAUUUGAAGAAAUGGGUUUCGUCUCUGCUACCAAAUUUGCCCAUUCAUUACAACAAACCCUUCCUAAUUAUUUCUUCAUUUCUCUGUUUCCUCCAUGCCUCAAUCUCCAUUUCCAUGGAGGUCCUCCUCCUCCUCCUCCACUUCUUCUUCUUCUACCAACUGGUUUCGUGGCCUUUUCUUCAUCCCCACUUGUCUAGCUCUCAAUUCCUUCCUCUUCAUCCUCUUCUACAUCUCUUCCACUUCUACUCCUAAUCCUUUCCCCUCCCAAAUCCCUUCUCAUUUCUCUGAUUCCUCUUCUCGCUACGUUUCUUCUCUUAAUCUUUCCAUUACAACUCUUCGGGUUGCUCAGAAGGUCAGUUUACCGGACGACAAUGGCGGUCCCCCUCUGCCUCAGUUUCAGACUCAACCCUUCCCUCCUCUUCCCUCAUUUGGAAAGAGAAUUCACGAACAAGCCGAGGGAGUGUUCCAUGAUGAAGAGUUAUUUCUUGAAGACUACAAAGAAAUGAACAAAAGCUUCAAGAUCUACGUUUAUCCUCACAAAAGAAGUGAUCCCUUCGCACGUUCUUUGUUGCCAGAGAACUUUGAGCCCCAUGGCAACUAUGCUAGUGAGAGUUACUUCAAGAAAUCUCUCAUCAAAAGUCAUUUCAUCACAAAUGAUCCUAAGGAGGCUGACUUCUUCUUCCUGCCGUUCUCGAUCACUGGCCUCCGCAAUGACCGUCGGGUUAGCGUUAGCGGUAUCCCCAACUUCAUUCGAGAUUACAUCUUCGAUGUUAGCCACAAGUAUCCAUAUUGGAAUAGAACGGGUGGGGCGGAUCAUUUCUACGUUGCGUGCCAUUCGGUUGGACGAUCCGCUAUGGAUAAAUCAAGUGAAGCUAAGUCGAGCAUUGUCCAAGUUGUUUGCUCUUCUAGCUACUUCUUAACGGGCUAUAUUUCACAUAAGGAUGCAGCUCUGCCCCAAAUCUGGCCUAGGAAAGAAGACCCUUCAAAUCUUGCUUCCUCAAAGAGGACGAGGCUGGCGUUUUUUGCAGGAGCAAUGAACUCCCCAACGCGUCAAGCGCUUGUUCAAGUGUGGGGUAAGGAUUCAGAAAUCUUUGCUUAUUCGGGUCGUCUUAAGACACCUUAUGCUGAUGAACUACUCAGGAGCAAGUUCUGCCUUCAUGUCAAAGGCUUCGAAGUAAACACUGCCCGAGUUGGAGAUUCUAUCUUUUAUGGAUGCGUUCCUGUGAUCAUUGCCAACUACUAUGACCUCCCCUUUGGUGAUAUCUUGAAUUGGAAGAGCUUCUCGAUUGUUGUAACCACAUCAGAUAUCCCGAGGUUGAAGGAAAUCCUCAAGGGAAUCAAUGAUGAGGAAUAUGCAAGAUUGCAAAGUAAUGUGUUGAAAGUGCGCAAACACUUUAAAUGGCAUUCUUCUCCAGUUGAUUAUGAUACUUUUCAUAUGGUUAUGUAUCAGUUAUGGCUUCGGAGAACGUCGGUUCGACUUCCGUUACUGGAUUAGUUAUGAUGAACAAGUGAUCCUUAGCAAGAUGAAUGAGAUUCUUUGGCUCCAACUCUUGCAAUAGAAGUUUUGUAUAUACUUUUUACCCUACAUUUUUGUAGGUGGCACUUGUUAUGCGUGUGAUAUUUUUAUUUGUUCAUGUAAUUAAUUUAAUACUGAGUUUAUCAAA